UUUUAUUUUAUCAUGGGAACAUUUAUCGAAAAGCAUCAGACGUGUGCCCAGUCCCUGCGGAACUCAAAGGACGAGAGCUUCAGGAAGGCUUUCCUUCCCAACAUACGUUUGUAUCUGCACAAAGACAAUAUCAACAUGAGCGAGUGGAACCGACUUUCCCAUUUCAACAAUCCUUUUGGUUUUAUGGAGUACAAGUACGACGACGUGAUGGCGUCGGUGAAGUUGAUCCCGAAGCCCAGAGAGCCUCUGCUCCUUCCGAAGCCGGGCAGCGGUGGCUGCGUGCGCUGCGCCGUGGUGGGAACCGCGGGGAUCCUCAAUGGCUCUCAAAUGGGGAAAGAGAUCGAUUCACACGAUUACGUUUUUCGGAUGAACGGUGCAGUCAUCAAGGGUUACGAGGCGGACGUAGGGAACAAAACAUCGGUGUACGUUCACACAGCCCACUCCAUCACCAUGUCGCUGUAUUUGUUCAAGAAGUAUGGAUACACAUCUGUCCCAAAUGAUGAGGGCAUAAAAUAUGUGCUGAUUCCUGAGGGGAUGAGGGAUUUCAAUUGGCUGGAGGGUCUUCUAAAAGGAGAAAGGGUCCCCGCUGGCCCCUACCAGAACAAGCGGUGA